AAAGAAUAAUGGAUGUUAUAGUUUGUUUAAGAGAAAUUAUGUUUUCCUCUCCAUUUAUUCUAUUUGCACUCUUGUUCCUUUUAUUCAUCCUGAUCAAACUUGUAUCUUUUAGGAAGCUAGAAAACCUCCCACCAGGUCCACCAAAAUGGCCAAUCAUCGGAAACUUACAUCAACUAGGGGAAAAACCUCAUGUCACCGUCACCAAAUUCGCCAAAGAAUACGGCCCUCUCAUAUCUCUCCAUUUAGGUAAGCAACUUCUCGUGGUUGCCACUUCUCCGGAGGCAGCCAUGGGAAUUCUCAAGACUCAGGAUCGUGUCCUUUCUUCUCGUAUGGUGCCUAGUGCAUUUAACCAUAAUUCAUUGCUACCCUAUUCUCUCAUUUGGUCAGAAUGCAACCAAAGUUGGAAAACGCUAAGAACCAUUUGUCGGGCGGAAAUGUUCUCCAAUAAAGCCAUAGAGUCCCACUCUAGACUACGUGAGGAAAAGGUAGGCGACAUGUUGGAUUUUUUGCGUAGCAAGCAAGGGCAAAUGGUUAAUAUUGGAGAAGUUGUUUAUACUACUGUUCUCAACAGUAUUAGUGGGAUAAUUUUUUCCAAAGAUUUGCUUGACUUGAAAGAUGAAAAUGAGGCAUGUGGUGGGUUGAAAAAGUCACUUGAUAAGGUAUUGGAGCAAGUAGGCAAAACGGAUUUAAGUGAUUUUUACCCUAUAUUUCGAUCUCUAGAUCUUCAAGGAAUAAGCAAGGGAUUCACAAAACAUAGCAAAGAGCUGUUUAGCGUUUGGGAGGUUAUGACAAAGGAAAGAAGAUCUCAAAUCGCUUCUUCAACAUGGUCACCAGAGCAUGCAAGAUCGUUUUUAGAUCGAUUGAUUGAAAAUGAAUUCUCGAACGACCAAAUCAAUCAAUUGCUUAACGAAUUGUUUAUUGCUGGAACAGAUACUACAACGACUACAGUGGAAUGGGCUAUGGCUGAGUUGCUCAGAAAUAAAGAGGCCAGGUCCAAAUUAGAACAAGAGUUGAGGAAAGAAAUCAAUUCUGACAAAAUCACUGAAUCUCAAAUUUCUAAGUUGUCUUAUUUACAAGCCUGUAUCAAAGAAACCCUAAGAUUACAUGCACCAGCACCUUUUUUAAUUCCUCAUCGGGCCAUCCAAACUUGCGAGGUUAUGGGUUACACGAUUCCUGAGAACUCGGAAUUGUUCAUCAACAUUUGGGGAAUGGGCCGAGACCCUAAAAUUUGGGAUGAUCCUCUAUCAUUCAAACCUGAAAGAUUUCUUGGUGCAAACCUCGAUUUUAUAAGCCAAGAUUUCAAGUUCAUACCAUUUGGUGCGGGAAGGAGGAUGUGUCCUGGCUUACCAUCAGCCAUCAAGAGUAUUGAACUUAUAUUAGCAACCCUGAUUCAUGGGUUCAACUGGGUUCUUCCAAAUGGUGAGGAUCUUAUGAAACUUGAUAUGAAUGACAAAUUCGGUGUGGUUUUGCACAAAGAAAAGCCUUUGAAACUCAUUGUUGAAUCUAAAAUUCAUGUGUAAUUUUCUGGUGUAUUAUGUAUUUAAGUUAACAAGUGAAUUGAUAGAUUUUCCAGUUU